AUGGAAGACAUUCACCCCAGCGACGCCCGCCGGCCCGUCGAAGGCCUGAGCCAACCCGAGUUGAGCGCGUGGCUGGACUCCCGCGGGCUCCCCGCCUACCGGGCCGAUCAGAUAAGACGAUGGCUUUUCCGGAAGCGUGUGACUUCGUUCGAAGCCAUGACCGACCUUUCCGGGGCGUUGCGGCAGGCCCUGGCCCGUGAAUUUGUCGUCGGCAGCCUGGCCGUGCAGCAGAGUCUUGGAUCCCGGGACGGCAGCGUCAAGUAUCUUUUCCGUCUGCAGGAUGGCGCCGUCGUGGAGACGGUCUACAUACCGGAGCCGGACCGGGCGACGCUGUGCGUGUCGACGCAGCGCAACCUCACCCAGGCGGAGAUCGUGGACCAGGUCCUGGAGGUGCAGCGCCGCUGCCCGGAGGAUACGCGAAUCUCGAAUCUGGUCUUCAUGGGCAUGGGCGAACCGUUGGCCAACUACGACGCCACCCGCGGGGCGCUGGAGGCCAUCACCGACGCCCGCAGCGGCAUGGGCAUUUCGCCUCGCAAGAUCACCGUUUCUACCGUGGGCCUGUUGCCGCAGAUGCGCCGGCUCAUGGAGGAGACCCGGGUCAAUCUGGCCAUUUCGCUGCAUUCGGUGCGGGACGAGGUGCGGUCCGAGCUGAUGCCGGUCAACCGGAAGUACUCGGUCGAUCAGUUGCUCGAAUGCUGCCGCUCCCUGCCGGUGCCGCGGCGGAAGCGCAUCACCUUCGAGUACCUGCUGAUCAGCGGCUUGAACGAUCUCGCCGCGGAUGCGGCGGAGCUCGCGGGGAAGCUUCACGGCAUCCGUUGCAAGGUGAACCUGAUUCCCUUCAACCCCCACGAGGGAAGCGGUUACCGCCGGCCGACGGAUCAUGUCAUCGAGCGGUUCGGGGAGACCCUGCGCGCCCGGGGCAUUCAGGCCAACGGGCAUCGCCUCCUGCCCAGCGAGGUCAACAACCGUGCCAACAUCUUCGGCAUGAAGAAGCUGGGGGUCGGCCGGAUCCUGUCAGUGAGCGCGGUGGGCAGUCUCAAGGAGGAGAUCGAGCCGGGCCAUGUGGUGCUGCCGGACCAGUUCAUCGACCGCACCUACAGGCGUCCCAGCACGUUCUUCGGUGACGGAAUCGUGGCCCACGUACAGUUCGCGGACCCGUUGUGCAACGACCUGAGAGCGGUGGUGGCGGAGGCGGCGGCCAAGGAGGACAUCCAGGUGCACGGCCGCGGCACCUACGUCUGCAUGGAGGGGCCGCAGUUCUCCACCCGCGCGGAGUCCGCGCUUCACCGGAGUUGGGGCGCCGACAUCAUCGGCAUGACCAACCUGCAGGAAGCCAAGCUGGCCCGGGAGGCGGAGAUCUGCUUCGCCACCAUCGCCAUGGCCACCGAUUACGACUGCUGGAACGAAGCCGCGGGCGACGUGGAGAUCGAGGAAAUCAUCGCGGUGCUGCAGAAGAACGCGGACGUGGCCAAGAGAAUCAUCCGGGGCACUCUGGAGCGCCUGUCACCGGAGCGCACGUGCCCCUGCGCUACGGCCCUGAGCGUGGCCAUCGUCACGGACCGCUCGUUGAUUCCCGAGGCUGCCGGAAGAGCUGGCGCCGCUGAUAGACAAGUAUCUCUGAAUAUCCAACUCGGACUAUUCGAAAGGGGCGUCCUUCGACUUCGCUUCGCUACGCCUGUCCUGAGCUUGUCGAAGGGCUCAGGACGAACGGUUGUGGACACUUUAUCCCCGUUCGUCCUGAGCGUAGCGAGUCCUGAGCUUGUCGAAGGGCGAGCGAAGUCGAAGGGCGCAAGCUCGCAGUUACUUGGAAGCGAAGUCGAAGGGCGCCAUUCCCGGUUCCGCCUGUAG